CAGAGAAAAGCGGAAGUAAAAGACAAAUCUUGUUGUUAUGUGCUGAAAUGGCAUCAUAACAAAGUUUUAAACCUUUUAUGGUCAUUUUGAAGGAAGAAAACCCACUCUUUUCAGCACUUGGAACUUCCAAUUGUUGCUGCUGUGUGCUUUUGCAUGCAUCAUAAUGGAGGCUAUUUGGAAUUUGAUUUUGACUUCAACUUUUAUAGUUGUACUUUAUGAAGGAGCGUUCUGCCAGAGUAUUCGGUCUGGUUUUGUGUUACUAAACCAACCGUACACAUUCCCCGGUAACGCCAGCGGCUGUCAUCAUGCUGAAUGGAGAAAGAUACCAGACACCACUAUCGCCACAUACAAAAACCAUGUGUGCAUGACUGCCAAUGGUCUUGAGGAAGAAUUCACAUGUGAACACAACCACCUGCUUCUCAUAUCAUCACAAUACACUGACCAGGGCCCCUAUGAGUUCAUCUGUGAUGGGGUUAAAACGUCACUCAUUCUGGAUGUUUUCUAUGCUCUAAAUGAGAGUGUAGAAGAAACGGACAACAUCACUCUGAACUGUUAUGCGCUCAAUGCCAAAGAUGUGAUGUGGCUGCAUAACCACGAAAGUGUUUUGUACUACAAGAUGGAUGGAUCUGUGAAUCCUGGCAAAGGCUUCGAGAGAAGAGCUUUGCUGGCAAAGAACUGCUUCAAAACCGGCAAUUUCUCUUUGACUAUCACUCGUGUUCGCAAGGCAGAUGCUGGAUUAUACCGUUGCUUUGUGGAUAGUGAAACGGUUAAAGGAAACCCACACGCCUAUGUGCUGGAUGUGAACGAGAAAAACUCAGAUCAAGGAGACCAGACACACUCCAGAUGCAACGAAGCAAUUCUGAUCUUUCUCACUGUAGUUUUUGGGUUCAUCUCAGUGAUAAGUGUGGCAUAUUUGAUCAAAAUAAAACUAUGUGAUUGUCAAUCUAUUAGCACAGCUUCACCUGUCAGUGAGAGUCAGUCGGUGGUUACUCAUCCUGUUCAGGAGAGCGAGUCCACGGGAGAAAAGCCUUCCAACACCAGGCCUAUUUUGUAA